UUACUCACAUCUCACGCGCGAGCUCACUCGAGAGUCGGUACCGGUUCCGUGUGUCUGUUGUUGUUGUUGUUGUUGGGUUUUUCCCCGCGGAUACAACCCAGUGAGACCCGGUGUGCUAAAGAUGAGUUCUUUCAGCCAAUGUGGGAUGAAUUGAUUUCUCUGGUGACGGGGAUAUUUUUGGACGCGGUGGCCGUUUUUGGGAGUAUUCUCGGGAGUCAGAGGUCAUUCUACAAACAGUUUUCCUCCAACUAUGGACAAGACCCAUCUAUCGAGCCCUAAUGAAAUCAUAAUGACGAGCUCAACAGGCCCAUACCAGCAGGAACCCCUGACACCGCCCAGACCUGCCCAUCACCACUCCUCAUCUUCUUCCUUAUCCUCCCCCUCUCCGUCCUCCUCACCCCUCAAGCCGAACCAGGUCGGCCAGGUCAUCCUGUACGGCGUUCCCAUCGUGUCGCUGGUCAUCGAUCACAAUGAGAGACUUUGCCUGGCACAGAUUUCCAACACGCUCCUCAAGAACUACAGCUACAACGAGAUUCACAACCGGCGCGUGGCGCUGGGCAUCACCUGUGUCCAGUGCACUCCGGUUCAGUUGGAGAUUCUUCGUCGGGCCGGCGCCAUGCCCAUCUCGUCGCGCCGCUGUGGCAUGAUCACCAAGCGCGAGGCGGAGCGCCUCUGCAAGUCCUUCCUGGGAGAGAACGCGCCGCCCAAACUGCCGGACAACUUUGCCUUCGACGUGACACACGAGUGCGCCUGGGGUUGCCGCGGUAACUUCAUCCCGGCGCGCUACAACAGCUCCAGGGCCAAAUGCAUCAAGUGCUCUUUGUGCAACAUGUACUUCUCCCCGAAUAAAUUCAUCUUCCACUCUCACCGCACACCGGACGCCAAGUACACCCAGCCCGACGCUGCCAACUUCAACUCCUGGCGACGGCACCUCAAACUCUCUGACAAACACCCAGCCGAUGAGUUAGCCUUUGCGUGGGAAGACGUCAAGGCCAUGUUCAACGGAGGCAGCCGAAAGAGAGCGCUGCCCUCUUCGUCGCACUGCUCCUCCAUGGGUCCCAUGAAGACUCUCCCAGGUUCGGUGCUGCCCCACAUGAUGGGACCCGACAUGGUCUCUCAGAAAAGAGCCCGCUUCGAGGAGGACGACGAUUUGGAUGGAGGCAGUCUGUCUCCGCGCAAGCCGCCACGUAGCUACCCUGUCAUCCCUGUCCCGAGCAAAGGCUUCGGCAUGCUGCAGAAGUUCCCCCCCACGUCGCUCUUCCCCUCGCCUUACCCCUUCCCGGCGUUCGGCCUCUGCCAGCAGAAGAAAGAUGACAGUGAUGUUUCAGGUGGCCAGAAAGGAACGGGGCUGUCGGGUCUUUUAUGGCCUGGCCGCAAAGACACCUUUUAUCCUCCUUUCUGCAUGUUUUGGCCCCCACGGGCAGCGGGAGGAAUCCCCGUCCCCACCUACCUCCAGCCUCAGCCCAGCGCCCUCUCCUCCCUGGCAGACAACCCCUCUCUCAGGCAGGCCUUUUUGGAUCUCUCAGACCCCAGUGAGCCUGGAGCUAUAGCUGGCAACGGCAAUGGCGUCAGCGCAAGCAUGGCCCCCGGCAGCGGGACUACAGCAACCAGACCGGGGCUGUUUGAGCCCGAGUGUACGACGGUGGCCCCUGACCUUCGUCCUGUGACGUCAGAGGGCUGGCUCAAACUCCUGGACACCCCGGCCCUCCAAACCAGGAAGCCGAGCUACGGCUCGGCCUUCCGGCCUGUCAUCAAGGAUGCCGAGAGCAUCGCCAAGCUCCACGGCAGCGGUGGAGCCGUCACUGGGACAGCAGAGGAGGACUUUGGGGUCGUGGUCGCCAGGUCAGACCGCCACCAGCGGCUAUCGCCCACCAGCAGCUGUAGUUACGGAAGUGACAGUGGAGGAGAGGGAGAGGCGGAGGGGUUGGAGAGCGAAGAGGAAGGGGAGGUGGAUGUGGAGUCGUCGAAGCAGGAGGACGAGGAGGAGGAAGGGACCUUUACAAACAGGCCGCCGCGGACUCAGACCAACCUGUACCUCCCCGCGAUGAGCGACGGCCAUGGAGAGGAGAGGGGGAAGGAGCGAGGGAGGUACGGCAGCACCUCCCCUCCCUCCUCCGCGGACCCCACCCAGCAUGGGUCCUCCAGCCUACCCGCCUCCCCGACUGCCAGCCUUCCUCUCUCCAGUUCCACCCCACCUCACCGAGAGGACCCAGCUUACAAAAACCCUCAGAAGAAUAAAGACGAAGGACUACCUGUCUACGCAACCAAAGACAACUCCAGCAUUUCUGAUGAAAACAAAGAGCAGAAUAGUUUCUUUGUACCGGAGAGCGAAACGUCGGCGCCUGACUACUGGAGGGAAAGCUCAGGUGAUCGAAGCCAAGGUGCCGCCUCUCCUGUGCCGCUAAAGAAGGAUGUCGAGAACAUGGAGAAAGAAGAGCUCCAGAAGGUUCUGCUGGAGCAGAUUGACUUCAGGAGAAGACUGGAGCAAGAGUUUCACGCUCUUAAGGGCACUUCACCAUUUCCUGUCUUCCAUAAUUUCCAAGACCAGAUGAAACGAGAGCUCGCCUACAGAGAAGAGAUGGUUCAACAGUUACAGAUGAUUCCCUACGCAAACAUCAUCAGGAAAGAAAAGAUCAGCUCCCAUUUGAACAAAUAACUAAAAGCCUGAACCCACAAACUCCUGUGUGAGGAGAAGCAGCUGUCUGGAUUCCUGUGAGAAGAAGAAAAAUAAAGAGAAGAGAAAUACGGGAAGGACUCAAACUGAAAGGAAAAUGACACUAUAUGAAAUAUAAGUACUUUUUAGAAGUGGGUUUUUUUCUGCCUCUGCAGUAGACCUUCUGUUAAUAACCCUGCACUUAAACACUGUCCGAUAAAAGCAGCAUUUGGACCGGGUUGUACUGCCACGGGGCAGCGCACUGGUUAAAGUCUCCUCCCUGUUUCUGGUCCACUUCAUUCCCUGAAACCAAACGGGCCAAAACCUGUGACACAAACAGAGCGACUCCUCCCCUUUUCUCAUCGCCGCGCUGGCAGUCAGACCAAAAGCUUUACCAAAGCAGCCACGACCUUUCUGGUCUUUUGUGAAUUUUAGGGCCCGUUGGCGAGAACCAGGGAGGCAGUUGAAGACUUUGUACGAGAAAACAAAGAGCAAGAGGAGCGAGUGACUGACAAUAAGACUGGGAGUCCUCGUCUAUGGCUGCGAUCGCUGCAGGCCCACCUGUACAUACAACCACCCUGUGGAUCAGCACGGACUUACAACUGAGAUGGUUGCUGUUGUUGUUAUUGUUGUUGCUGUUGUUUCACAGAGCGGGGUCCCCCGACGGACAAGCAAAUUUACCAACCUUUAACUACUGGCGACGUUGGAUCCCAAAGGGAUUCUCCUCGUCAUGUCCAGUCGUGUUUAUUGACCAAAACAAACUUCCGUGUGAACACAAAUCAGUGUCAGUCAUCGUUGGUGAGAAGCAAUGUUGGUGGUGCUUUGAUAGAUGACCCAACUUGAAUAUUGACGUGUUGAUGUUUUGGGUUUUAAAGUGUUGAUCCUCGGUGGGAACUCAAAAGUUAUUUAGAAAUUUCAGUUAUUUCUGAAUGUACAAAAUAAACCUACUCCUUUGCUUAAAGGCACCCAUAAGGUACUUUUACCCUGCGUCCAUUUUUUUCUAUCCUUCGUCGCACAUUCUACACCUCCAACCAAAGGUGAAGGUAGUAUUGCCACCAUAAGCUAAAUAUGUUGGUGAGUUGACUAGUAAAGACCAAUUCUGUGUACUUAUCUUCUCUCCAAAAUGAGUCUCUGGCUCCUCAAGGAGCAAAAGACUGAAGUUUGUUAGUGUUGUAUAUCUACUUGUAUAUGAUCACACCUGACUGUGUAAAAUGUCGUAGUGAGAAUACUGAACCUCACAGGCAGUCUAUCUAUAUGUGUUUGUUUGUUUGUUUAUUUAUUUGAGUACCACGGCCCAAGGCCCCGAUUGUGAAAAUAUUAUUUAUUAUAAUGUUAAAACAAACAGACGUGUUUUUGACGACGAUGACGAUGAUGAUGAUGAUGAUGGCUUAGACAAGUGUAUGUCGCUGAGAAUUGAAGUGAGAACUCACUCGCCUUGUUUAUAGAAUGCAAUGAAUGAAUGGAUAAAGUUGUCAUUGACGGAGAGAAAUGUUAUCAUUAUAAACUGUUAAUGCAGAUGUAUUUAAAUAUGUUUUCUUGUAGUUUCUCUACUAUUUAUGUGUAAAUUAAAAGUCUAUACAACAA